AUGACGGCAGAGCCCGAUCGCAACCCAGCGCUCCCAAAGAGAACCCAGCCGCCCCGUUCGGUCCAAGCGUCUGCGGGGGUGAGUUUCCGGCCCGGCGUUUUCAAGCUGGACGAAGGAGAGGCGAGUGGGCCCGAUGGCCCGGCCUUCGUGCUGAGACACAGAACUUCCAGCCAUGCGCAGCACACGGCCGAUAGCGCCCCGACGGAGCCGCGCCGCGCCGCAGUCACCUCAGGUUCUUCAAACGGACACCUCAGCACCGCUCAGUGCCGCUCACGCAACGGGAGCCUCCCGACAUGCGACGAGGAAAGGAGAAAGGACGAGGACGCCAGGGGAGAAAAAGAAGACGAGGCCCGAGAAGAGAGGAGUAGCGACGAAGGCUUCAUGGGAAUGACGCCGCUUCUUCAGGCUCACCACGCCAUGGAGAAGGUGGAGGAGUUUGUCCACAAGGUGUGGGAGGGCCGGUGGCGCGUCAUCCCUCACGACGUGCUCCCCGAUUGGCUGAAGGACAACGACUUCCUGCUGCACGGCCACAGGCCGCCCAUGCCUUCGUUCCGGGCCUGCUUCAGGAGCAUCUUCCGGAUCCACACCGAGACGGGCAAUAUCUGGACGCACCUGCUAGGCUGCCUAUUUUUCCUCUGCCUGGGCUUGAUGUACAUGUUCCGACCCAACAUGUCUUUCGUGGCGCCGGUCCAGGAGAAGGUGGCUAUCGGCAUGUUCUUCUUGGGCGCCAUCCUCUGCCUGUCCUUCUCGUGGCUCUUCCACACCGUCUACUGCCACUCGGAGGGGGUGUCAAGGGUCUUCUCCAAGCUGGACUACAGCGGCAUCGCCUUCCUGAUCAUGGGCUCGUUCGUGCCGUGGCUCUACUACUCCUUCUACUGCUCGCCGCAGCCGUGCUUCAUCUACCUGCUGGUGGUGUGCGUGCUGGGCCUUUCCGCCAUCACCGUGUCCCAGUGCGACUUUUUCGCCACGCCGCAGUACCGAGGAGUCCGCGCAGGUGUGUUUGUGGGCUUGGGGCUGAGCGGCGUGGUGCCCACCCUGCACUUUGUCAUCAGCGAGGGGCUCAUCAGGGCCACCACCAUCGGACAGAUGGGCUGGCUUUUCCUCAUGGCCACGCUUUACAUCACCGGAGCCUGCCUCUACGCCGCUCGCAUCCCGGAGAGAUUCUUCCCCGGCAAGUGCGACAUUUGGUUCCACUCCCACCAGUUGUUCCACAUCUUGGUGGUGGCCGGCGCUUUUGUGCACUUCCACGGCGUCUCCAACCUGCAGGAGUUUCGCUACACGGCCGGAGCGGGUUGCGCCGACGACAGAAUGCUCUAACACACGCCCGUGUGUAGGCGAUACCUCAUUGCGGGGAGCCGGCACGUCUGAAUGACGACGCGCACACUCGCCGGCUGCACUCCUCCCCGAGGAGGACAACGUGGCUUGUCAUGUCACGGGACAGCCUCACAUUUCCAAACUGACACGUUCUCCUCGAAAGCCACUUUUUGAGAGGUUGACGAACUGCUCGUUGAGACCUCUGGACAUGAAUCAACCAUUUCCUCUUGGAGAUUUUCAUGAUUUAUAUUGCAAAGGAAGCAUCAUUUUUCUAUUCCAAAAAAAUUGGGGUGCGUGAGCUUUUGUUUUUUUGACUAACGUUUUUUUUUUAAUAAUUCAAACCCAAGAGCUUUUAUUUUAAAAAAAAUAUCUUCCUUGAUUGUGAAGGUUAACAAGGGGCUUCUGUGAGGUGUCACUUUUACAUUAAUAAAACAAAAAUCUUUUUCAUGUAAAUAAGAUUUCUAAAUUUGGGGAAUAGAUUUGUAUUAAAUAUAGAGAUAUAUAUUAAAAUAAACAAAAAAAAAAGGUGUGUUGGUGAGGAUGGGGUGCUACAGUGGAACUAUUUUAUUGAAUAUGCAAGGAGAAGCGUUGAAAAGUAAGAUUUUUUUUUUCCCUCACUCACAUUUGCCACGCGUCCAACUCUGAUCUCGUGCAAAUGUUUGGCUUGAAACCAAAUCUAAGAUGAGAUCAAGAAUUUUUCUCAAGAUGUAGCCAUUUUCAUUCAUCUAAUUUCCCUUUAUGCCUUUUUUUAAAGCCUUUAAUUCCGAGUGAAAGCAGAACCAAAUAAAACGCCAGCAUGAAAAGAUGUCAGUAAAAGUCAAAUAAUUCAAUACAAUAUAUCUUUAUUACCUUUAAAGUCCUGUAUUGUUUAAAAUAUAUUUUUUUUGUGAAUCCGUUUUUUUGACAUCAACAUGCUUUGUUAAUGACAGGAGAGUGUCUUCGAAUAUGCAUUUGCUUUCAUCAUGAUUAUAUUUUAUUGUGUUGACGUUCUAUUAAUUUAUUGUAAGUGAGAGGGCAGAUUGGAUGCCCGUGCGCACUUUUGCGUUCGUGAUGGGAGUUUUUGCUUCAGAGACCUUGACAUCUGCUGUACUGUUCUAAUAAAAGACGCUUUGUUGAA